AUCGGACUGCACAAUGCGAUCUCUCUCUCCCUUGCAGUGAAGCCCCUGCUUGCUCUUUUUGUUUCCCUCCCUUUCCGUCCCUCGCUCGCCUCUCUCUCUUCCCCGCACCGCACGGAUCCGGGGUGGAGAGGAGGGGACUGGGACCCUAGGAGGAAGCGACGCUCCGUACUUCUCACCGAAGGUCUCCACACAAGCACCGACACGGGGGGACGUGCAUCGCGAGGUCGUGCAUGGCCGAUCUGCUCUGCCUCCGCCAGUGAAGGUGGAUUGUUGGAUGCGUCUAGCUUCGUACGGCAAGAGACUGCAGAUCUUGCAGGAUUGGUCUGGUUUGGUUCGGAGGUGUAAGAAACAGGUGAACACUAAGUUUUUGAGGAAAAAGUAGCUAGCAUGGACGAGGGCAGUUUUCAGCACUGGCCGGAGGAAUGGUUUCAGACAUAUCAGAUGAAUUCACCCAUUGGGCUGGGGACAAACAAUGAAGCUGGUCCGGCUGAAGGUACUGGCUUCAGUAGAAAAGCAGACAAAAUACCUAAGAGUAAAAAGCACAGGCCCAAGGUAGUCAAAGAGAAAAAAAUAGCCAAAAUACAGAAGUAUACAACUGCGAAGCAUGCCAAGGAGAAGGAGACUCACUCAACUGGCAAGAGGAAAUAUGUCCGCAAAAAGGGACUAAACGCAACAACGAACCAACCUCCAGCAGAAGAUUCUGAUAUGCAGAACAGAGUGGAAAAAUUAAAAGCCAGGAGAAGCUUGAAGUUCAAUGAGGAUGAUAUGCGAAAAAAUGCUGAUCUAGCAUCACAAGCCCAGGUUACUGAAGCGUCUUUCAAUCCAGAGGAUCCUCGGUCAUCAAUAUAUGCAGCUGAAAGAACUCAUGCGCAGGUGGCAUGUCAUUGGGGGGGAUACAUAAAUUUUCUUGAAGGAAACAAUGUACCAAAUAAUAUCCAGAGGAUGGGAAGCCAUCAACUUGAGUCUUUGGAAGUCGGACCUACUCUGCAUUACUCCAUUGACGAAGAUUGCAGUAUUGCUUUACCUGGCAAACAGCCAAGAUACUCGACUGCAGAGCACACACAAUUGCCCAGUGGUACUGAGAAUCCAUUUAUAGAAAACUAUAUCCCCAGUGGUGGUAUUCAUCAACUCCAGUACUUGGAAAAACGCAUGGUUAAGGGGCCAGAAUCAGUUCCAGAAACACAUGGCGCGUCUGCUUAUGAUGAUACUGUGAACAACUACUGCAUUGCUAUUCAUGACGAGCAGAUCACACACACAGGAGUUGAAGCUGUUGGGAAACCAGUAAGUAAAUCAUCAAGAGCUAAACGCCGUUUGUUAGAUGCUUCUGGAGAAAACAAAGAAGCAUACCCCACCAAAAAGCCAAAGAGGGGCCGUCCAAGAAAGGAAGAAAGCAAUGGGAAGCCAAAAGGCAGAGGCACAAGGAAAGAAACUGUUCGUCCUGCAAAACGUUUAUCGUCAAAAGACAAAUGCACCAUCAAUGAGCCUAUUUCUUGUGGCUCUGAACUUUCUGCAGGAGCUACUACUAAGGCGACAACGUCGGAGUCUAAAAGAAGUGUGGAGAGACCAAGCGUUUUGGAGAUCUCUGACCAUGAUAAUUAUAGAAGCAUCGGUUUCGAGCAUAUUGAUGGAGCCAUUACUGAAGUUAUAGCACUAUCAGCUGAUCCUUUAGACGCCGUAAUUGAAAAGUUCAAGCUUUUAUACACUAGCAAAUCAGAUAAAGUUAUGGCAGCUGCUUGUAAUAAAGGCACAUCUGAUGCGCUGGUUCCAUUUAUGAGAAAUGCAAAUAAAAGACGUUCUCGACCCAGGGUGGACAUCGAUCCAGUAACCUCUUUGAUGUGGAACUUACGAAUUGCACCAAAUAUGAAUGACGACGCUGGAGGCAUGGACAAGGAUAAAGAGAAGUUGCUUGAUGAGGAAAGAAGAGUGUUCCGGGGGAGAAUCAAUGCAUUUAUUGCUCGCAUGCACCUGAUUCAGGGGGAUAGACGAUUCUCUCCUUGGAAAGGAUCAGUUGUCGACUCGGUUGUGGGUGUAUAUCUUACUCAGAAUGUUGCCGACCAUCUUUCUAGUUCUGCUUUCAUGGCGGUUGCUGCGAAAUUUCCAAUCAAACCAGAAGGCCCGGAGGGAUCUACAGCAGAGAUGUCUCAUAUGCCUCCUGGACAGAAUGAUAGCUGUUCUGGACUAUUUGGUGAUUCUUUCAAGCUGAAAGGGAAGUUCUCUGUUGAAGAGAUACUUAAUACCGAGUUUCAUGAAGGAAGUAACAGUAACGAAUUGAUUGGAAGUUUUUCUGGAGAUGGAUUCAACUUUGCAGCAGGAGAAUGUUCUGUUCCAUAUAGGGAGUCCCUAAUUGACCUCCAUGAAAAUAGGCAAUCAAAAUUUGUUGUCCCAGAAAGUGGCAUUGCAAGCGUGGUAGAAGCUGAAGUACCAAUGGAGGAUGCUAUUUCUUCACAAAAUUCUUCUGUUUCUUCUCAACAUUCGCCAGAUUACCCUUUUCACAGAACUGAUCCAAUGGGGUUCAGUUUGUUGCCAUACUUCCCAGAAAAGGACCACAUGCUGAUAAAUUUAUCCAAUAGGAUGACAAGUUCAACUGGACAUGCAGAGCAUCCACCAAUACAAGAUUUCCAGAACAUGCAUAAUGAUAUGGUCGGAUCAUCAGAAUAUGGAGUUAAUCUUCUUCCAGUCCCAGGUGUGAAUAAAGAUGUGUUGCUUGAUCUAAACAGAACUUAUCAGGCUUAUGCCUCCUAUCUCCAGAAUGGCCAUGUGGAUUUUCCGUUUGUCAGCCAUCUGGACAAUUCAUUCUGCACAGGCCUUGAUAGCAUGUUUCAUCCAAAUAUUACACAACCUGAGGCUAGUUUUUAUCAGUUACCAUCUGCUUCUAGCAUGUCCAACAGAAAUAAAACCAGAGAGGCUGAUUGUUCAAGCAAUGUUCUAUAUUGUAUGGACGAGUCACUAGUCCAGCAGAAGUCCCAUUUUCCUACCGAGCCUUCGCAAAAUGGGAAUUUUUCACCAAUAAUGAAACAAAACUUUCAGCCAUUAAUUAGUUCAGUGGAUGAGUCACUUUCUAAAGAACAGUUAUUUUGCGAAUACAAAUUUUCAAGCAAGGACAUUGAAGCUCCAUUUGCGCAACAGCAUGAGUGUUCAAAUUCGCAAGAGGUAUACAGAACAAGGGCAAAGCAAAUGGGUGGUCAGUCAGGAUGCAGCCAACCCCAACUGGGAAACAAUAUCAAACUUCAGGCAGAAACAUGUGAAAAUUAUUGUUCUUCAAACUUGUGUGAAAACCAGAAUGCUCAUUCACAGGUCUCACAGGGAGUUGCAGAUCCCAUAAGGAAAUCAAAAGUUAGUCGAAAAGGUUCAUCGGAAGUUCCUACAGAUGAAUCAAAAGGAAAGACGGUGUGUGGGCCUACAGAGGAAACUUAUGAUUGGGAAAAAAUACGAAAAGAAUUGUUCGGCAAUAAUGGAGAUAAACCAAGAAGUCCUAAUACAAAAGAUUCGGUUGAUUGGGAAGCAGUACGGCAAGCAGAUGUGAAAGCCAUAUCUGAAACCAUUAGAGAGCGAGGACUGAACAAUAUGCUAGCAGGCCGAAUAAAAGAAUUUCUAAACCGAUUGGUGAGAGACCAUGGAAGCAUUGAUCUUGAAUGGCUGAGAGAUCUCGAACCAGAAAAAGCAAAGGAGUUCCUUCUAAGCAUUAGAGGGCUUGGACUCAAAAGUACUGAGUGUGUUCGCCUUUUGACACUACGUCAUGUAGCUUUUCCGGUGGACACAAAUGUUGCUCGGAUAUGUGUCAGGCUUGGCUGGGUGCCUCUUCAACCUCUGCCUGACUCUCUUCAACUGCACCUAUUGAAACUUUAUCCCGUGCUGGACCACAUACAGAAAUAUCUUUGGCCUCGACUAUGCAAGCUUGACCAGUUUACUUUGUACGAGCUUCACUACCAAAUGAUAACUUUUGGAAAGGUUUUCUGUACCAAAAGUAAGCCUAACUGCAAUGCAUGCCCCAUGAGAGCUGAGUGUAAGCACUUCGCUAGUGCAUUUGCAAGGGGUUGUAUGCGUGAGGGGCUUUGACAGGAGACAGAGGGCACCAAGACCGCUUAAUGCAGGGUUACAUUUACCUGCAACAAAGGUUACAAGAGAUAAAAGGCGUGCAGCAGCCAAAGAGGAGGAAUAAGCCAUUGAGAUAGAGGAAAAGAAAGCAUACAUGCAAGAUUCAAACCUAAAUAAUCAUAGUAUUGCUUUUAGUUUUCUUUUCUUCCGCUGCGUUCACUAAAUCCGUUGAUAUUUUGUGUUUCUCAUGCCAUGUGAGUCCAACAUACCUUUGUCCGUCAGCCUUUUUCUGGUCAUUGUCCUCUCUAUAGGAUUUCUGUGGCCUCUCUUUGCAUUGUUGAUCUAAGCCCAUUCUCUUGCCGCCGAGCUUCUUUCGCCGUCGACUUUCAUGGGCCAUGAUUCUUUAAGCAAUGCUUCUUCUCUUGAUGUGCCAUCUUCUUUUGAUAACCCAUCUUCUCUUGAUAUUUCUAUUGUAUCUUCUAUUGAUGCGUUGUCUUCCUCUGAUGUGCCAUCAAAUCGUUAUCCCCUUUGGCGACUCGACAGGUUUUGAAGACUCUUCAUGAUACGACGACACUCUCAAGACGCGGAUUUGGAUUAUCAUUUUUUUUAGUAUUACGCUUCUUCUAAUGUAAUGCUAUUGCAUAGGCAUUUGAGUGGGGGGUGUUAAGGAGUAUUAGUAUUGGUCUAUGAGUCCUUAUUAGUCUAUGUUUAGUUUCCUUGCACCUCAAGUCAUGUGUAAUAUAUAUAAGCCCCUUGGGCCUUCAAUAAAGAUAAGUUGCUUAACAUGGUAUCGGAGCUAAGGUCUUGAGUUCAAAUCCUGACUUUCGCAAUUUAUUAAAAAUUGCUGAUAGCCCCCCUUUGUGUCCACAUAGAGGCCUCUUGAGAGUUUCGCGCGCCGUCGCUCUCUUCCGGUUGCACGUGUUGACUUGUCUUCCCCGUCACACGUGAUAGGGGGUGUUACAGUAUAUAUGGAUUGCACUAGCCCUUUCCAUCAGUUUGGACUUUUGGUUGCGUUGGCUAGUGCAUGAAGCUUAACAGUAGAAACCCCUGGCCUCUGCAUCAGUACGACGCACCCUAUAGCAGUCUUAUUUCCCAAAUAAACUCUUACCAUUUGGAGCAUAUGUUUUCGUAUCACAUACUUUGAAAGAGUACAUCUACUUUUCCUAACGUGGUUAGUGUAUAUGUAUUAUCCCAUAUUCACACUUGCCAACAAAUAUUUUAUAUUUCAUGAGUAUUAUCCAGUGAAUUUUCUUUAUCGUCAGUAUAUAUGGUGACUGGUAUUGUCAACAUAGCUCGAUAAAAUUAGCUAGUUAGAAUCCGUGCUUCCUUUUCUUCAGUGAAUGAUAUACUAUAGUAUAGUACUUUAUUGGAUUGGAACUUUGCAUUCACCAACAGUAACACCAAAAUGAAAAUACGGUCAUUGUUUCCAUUGGUUAUUAUAUACGAAAAUUCAUUUUCUGAAUUUGCAGUAUCAGACAAAACUCACCACUUAACUCGUGUAUAGUAGACAACGAAACAGGCUUCAUGGCAAUUUUUCAUGUUAUAUCAUGUGAUUUGAAUCAUGAAAUAGGGCCUUGAUUCAACCGAUUUCUAUCCGUCCUCUAAGAAAUUUAAGUUGCAGCUAUUUCGCCUCAUUAAGACAUCCAUACAGUCAGUGCACUCGUAAAUAAAUCUGUAUAUCUAGGAUUUAUUACUUUGGCACUCAUGCUCGAAAAUGCUUACAAAAUCUUUUUGGAGCAUCAUUUUUCUUCUAGAGCAUUAGGAAUGUUUUUUCUUCACGAAGUUUUGCAUUCAGAAUGUUUUGAAUUUUGUUCUAUUUGUUUGAUUUUACUGUUCAUGAGGGUGCCUGUGAGCUCGUGAUCAGAAACUCCAUGUCUCUUUUGGUGUUCUUUUGAGUUGGUUAUCUUCAUGCUUGUGAUAGCAGUAGAGUACAACAUUUCCAAGUUCACCAUUUAGUAACUAGUAGUAAUAACUUGUGUUAUAUGAGCUAGAACGUGCUUAUGCAGAGGGAUUUACCUUUGUUUAUUUUUGCAGGGGUUGUAUGCGUGAGGGGCUUUGACAGGAGACAGAGGGCACCAAGACCGCUUAAUGCAGGGUUACAUUUACCUGCAACAAAGGUUACAAGAGAUAAAAGGCGUGCAGCAGCCAAAGAGGAGGAAUAAGCCAUUGAGAUAGAGGAAAAGAAAGCAUACAUGCAAGAUUCAAACCUAAAUAAUCAUAGUAUUGCUUUUAGUUUUCUUUUCUUCCGCUGCGUUCACUAAAUCCGUUGAUAUUUUGUGUUUCUCAUGCCAUGUGAGUCCAACAUACCUUUGUCCGUCAGCCUUUUUCUGGUCAUUGUCCUCUCUAUAGGAUUUCUGUGGCCUCUCUUUGCAUUGUUGAUCUAAGCCCAUUCUCUUGCCGCCGAGCUUCUUUCGCCGUCGACUUUCAUGGGCCAUGAUUCUUUAAGCAAUGCUUCUUCUCUUGAUGUGCCAUCUUCUUUUGAUAACCCAUCUUCUCUUGAUAUUUCUAUUGUAUCUUCUAUUGAUGCGUUGUCUUCCUCUGAUGUGCCAUCAAAUCGUUAUCCCCUUUGGCGACUCGACAGGUUUUGAAGACUCUUCAUGAUACGACGACACUCUCAAGACGCGGAUUUGGAUUAUCAUUUUUUUUAGUAUUACGCUUCUUCUAAUGUAAUGCUAUUGCAUAGGCAUUUGAGUGGGGGGUGUUAAGGAGUAUUAGUAUUGGUCUAUGAGUCCUUAUUAGUCUAUGUUUAGUUUCCUUGCACCUCAAGUCAUGUGUAAUAUAUAUAAGCCCCUUGGGCCUUCAAUAAAGAUAAGUUGCUUAACAUGGUAUCGGAGCUAAGGUCUUGAGUUCAAAUCCUGACUUUCGCAAUUUAUUAAAAAUUGCUGCUAGCCCCCCUUUGUGUCCACAUAGAGGCCUCUUGAGAGUUUCGCGCGCCGUCGCUCUCUUCCGGUUGCACGUGUUGACUUGUCUUCCCCGUCACACGUGAUAGGGGGUGUUACAGUAUAUAUGGAUUGCACUAGCCCUUUCCAUCAGUUUGGACUUUUGGUUGCGUUGGCUAGUGCAUGAAGCUUAACAGUAGAAACCCCUGGCCUCUGCAUCAGUACGACGCACCCUAUAGCAGUCUUAUUUCCCAAAUAAACUCUUACCAUUUGGAGCAUAUGUUUUCGUAUCACAUACUUUGAAAGAGUACAUCUACUUUUCCUAACGUGGUUAGUGUAUAUGUAUUAUCCCAUAUUCACACUUGCCAACAAAUAUUUUAUAUUUCAUGAGUAUUAUCCAGUGAAUUUUCUUUAUCGUCAGUAUAUAUGGUGACUGGUAUUGUCAACAUAGCUCGAUAAAAUUAGCUAGUUAGAAUCCGUGCUUCCUUUUCUUCAGUGAAUGAUAUACUAUAGUAUAGUACUUUAUUGGAUUGGAACUUUGCAUUCACCAACAGUAACACCAAAAUGAAAAUACGGUCAUUGUUUCCAUUGGUUAUUAUAUACGAAAAUUCAUUUUCUGAAUUUGCAGUAUCAGACAAAACUCACCACUUAACUCGUGUAUAGUAGACAACGAAACAGGCUUCAUGGCAAUUUUUCAUGUUAUAUCAUGUGAUUUGAAUCAUGAAAUAGGGCCUUGAUUCAACCGAUUUCUAUCCGUCCUCUAAGAAAUUUAAGUUGCAGCUAUUUCGCCUCAUUAAGACAUCCAUACAGUCAGUGCACUCGUAAAUAAAUCUGUAUAUCUAGGAUUUAUUACUUUGGCACUCAUGCUCGAAAAUGCUUACAAAAUCUUUUUGGAGCAUCAUUUUUCUUCUAGAGCAUUAGGAAUGUUUUUUCUUCACGAAGUUUUGCAUUCAGAAUGUUUUGAAUUUUGUUCUAUUUGUUUGAUUUUACUGUUCAUGAGGGUGCCUGUGAACUCGUGAUCAGAAACUCCAUGUCUCUUUUGGUGUUCUUUUGAGUUGGUUAUCUUCAUGCUUGUGAUAGCAGUAGAGUACAACAUUUUCAAGUUCACCAUUUAGUAACUAGUAGUAAUAACUUGUGUUAUAUGAGCUAGAACGUGCUUAUGCAGAGGGAUUUACCUUUGUUUAUUUUUGCAGGGGUUGUAUGCGUGAGGGGCUUUGACAGGAGACAGAGGGCACCAAGACCGCUUAAUGCAGGGUUACAUUUACCUGCAACAAAGGUUACAAGAGAUAAAAGGCGUGCAGCAGCCAAAGAGGAGGAAUAAGCCAUUGAGAUAGAGGAAAAGAAAGCAUACAUGCAAGAUUCAAACCUAAAUAAUCAUAGUAUUGCUUUUAGUUUUCUUUUCUUCCGCUGCGUUCACUAAAUCCGUUGAUAUUUUGUGUUUCUCAUGCCAUGUGAGUCCAACAUACCUUUGUCCGUCAGCCUUUUUCUGGUCAUUGUCCUCUCUAUAGGAUUUCUGUGGCCUCUCUUUGCAUUGUUGAUCUAAGCCCAUUCUCUUGCCGCCGAGCUUCUUUCGCCGUCGACUUUCAUGGGCCAUGAUUCUUUAAGCAAUGCUUCUUCUCUUGAUGUGCCAUCUUCUUUUGAUAACCCAUCUUCUCUUGAUAUUUCUAUUGUAUCUUCUAUUGAUGCGUUGUCUUCCUCUGAUGUGCCAUCAAAUCGUUAUCCCCUUUGGCGACUCGACAGGUUUUGAAGACUCUUCAUGCUACGACGACACUCUCAAGACGCGGAUUUGGAUUAUCAUUUUUUUUAGUAUUACGCUUCUUCUAAUGUAAUGCUAUUGCAUAGGCAUUUGAGUGGGGGGUGUUAAGGAGUAUUAGUAUUGGUCUAUGAGUCCUUAUUAGUCUAUGUUUAGUUUCCUUGCACCUCAAGUCAUGUGUAAUAUAUAUAAGCCCCUUGGGCCUUCAAUAAAGAUAAGUUGCUUAACAUGGUAUCGGAGCUAAGGUCUUGAGUUCAAAUCCUGACUUUCGCAAUUUAUUAAAAAUUGCUGCUAGCCCCCCUUUGUGUCCACAUAGAGGCCUCUUGAGAGUUUCGCGCGCCGUCGCUCUCUUCCGGUUGCACGUGUUGACUUGUCUUCCCCGUCACACGUGAUAGGGGGUGUUACAGUAUAUAUGGAUUGCACUAGCCCUUUCCAUCAGUUUGGACUUUUGGUUGCGUUGGCUAGUGCAUGAAGCUUAACAGUAGAAACCCCUGGCCUCUGCAUCAGUACGACGCACCCUAUAGCAGUCUUAUUUCCCAAAUAAACUCUUACCAUUUGGAGCAUAUGUUUUCGUAUCACAUACUUUGAAAGAGUACAUCUACUUUUCCUAACGUGGUUAGUGUAUAUGUAUUAUCCCAUAUUCACACUUGCCAACAAAUAUUUUAUAUUUCAUGAGUAUUAUCCAGUGAAUUUUCUUUAUCGUCAGUAUAUAUGGUGACUGGUAUUGUCAACAUAGCUCGAUAAAAUUAGCUAGUUAGAAUCCGUGCUUCCUUUUCUUCAGUGAAUGAUAUACUAUAGUAUAGUACUUUAUUGGAUUGGAACUUUGCAUUCACCAACAGUAACACCAAAAUGAAAAUACGGUCAUUGUUUCCAUUGGUUAUUAUAUACGAAAAUUCAUUUUCUGAAUUUGCAGUAUCAGACAAAACUCACCACUUAACUCGUGUAUAGUAGACAACGAAACAGGCUUCAUGGCAAUUUUUCAUGUUAUAUCAUGUGAUUUGAAUCAUGAAAUAGGGCCUUGAUUCAACCGAUUUCUAUCCGUCCUCUAAGAAAUUUAAGUUGCAGCUAUUUCGCCUCAUUAAGACAUCCAUACAGUCAGUGCACUCGUAAAUAAAUCUGUAUAUCUAGGAUUUAUUACUUUGGCACUCAUGCUCGAAAAUGCUUACAAAAUCUUUUUGGAGCAUCAUUUUUCUUCUAGAGCAUUAGGAAUGUUUUUUCUUCACGAAGUUUUGCAUUCAGAAUGUUUUGAAUUUUGUUCUAUUUGUUUGAUUUUACUGUUCAUGAGGGUGCCUGUGAGCUCGUGAUCAGAAACUCCAUGUCUCUUUUGGUGUUCUUUUGAGUUGGUUAUCUUCAUGCUUGUGAUAGCAGUAGAGUACAACAUUUUCAAGUUCACCAUUUAGUAACUAGUAGUAAUAACUUGUGUUAUAUGAGCUAGAACGUGCUUAUGCAGAGGGAUUUACCUUUGUUUAUUUUUGCAGGGGUUGUAUGCGUGAGGGGCUUUGACAGGAGACAGAGGGCACCAAGACCGCUUAAUGCAGGGUUACAUUUACCUGCAACAAAGGUUACAAGAGAUAAAAGGCGUGCAGCAGCCAAAGAGGAGGAAUAAGCCAUUGAGAUAGAGGAAAAGAAAGCAUACAUGCAAGAUUCAAACCUAAAUAAUCAUAGUAUUGCUUUUAGUUUUCUUUUCUUCCGCUGCGUUCACUAAAUCCGUUGAUAUUUUGUGUUUCUCAUGCCAUGUGAGUCCAACAUACCUUUGUCCGUCAGCCUUUUUCUGGUCAUUGUCCUCUCUAUAGGAUUUCUGUGGCCUCUCUUUGCAUUGUUGAUCUAAGCCCAUUCUCUUGCCGCCGAGCUUCUUUCGCCGUCGACUUUCAUGGGCCAUGAUUCUUUAAGCAAUGCUUCUUCUCUUGAUGUGCCAUCUUCUUUUGAUAACCCAUCUUCUCUUGAUAUUUCUAUUGUAUCUUCUAUUGAUGCGUUGUCUUCCUCUGAUGUGCCAUCAAAUCGUUAUCCCCUUUGGCGACUCGACAGGUUUUGAAGACUCUUCAUGCUACGACGACACUCUCAAGACGCGGAUUUGGAUUAUCAUUUUUUUUAGUAUUACGCUUCUUCUAAUGUAAUGCUAUUGCAUAGGCAUUUGAGUGGGGGGUGUUAAGGAGUAUUAGUAUUGGUCUAUGAGUCCUUAUUAGUCUAUGUUUAGUUUCCUUGCACCUCAAGUCAUGUGUAAUAUAUAUAAGCCCCUUGGGCCUUCAAUAAAGAUAAGUUGCUUAACAUGGUAUCGGAGCUAAGGUCUUGAGUUCAAAUCCUGACUUUCGCAAUUUAUUAAAAAUUGCUGCUAGCCCCCCUUUGUGUCCACAUAGAGGCCUCUUGAGAGUUUCGCGCGCCGUCGCUCUCUUCCGGUUGCACGUGUUGACUUGUCUUCCCCGUCACACGUGAUAGGGGGUGUUACAGUAUAUAUGGAUUGCACUAGCCCUUUCCAUCAGUUUGGACUUUUGGUUGCGUUGGCUAGUGCAUGAAGCUUAACAGUAGAAACCCCUGGCCUCUGCAUCAGUACGACGCACCCUAUAGCAGUCUUAUUUCCCAAAUAAACUCUUACCAUUUGGAGCAUAUGUUUUCGUAUCACAUACUUUGAAAGAGUACAUCUACUUUUCCUAACGUGGUUAGUGUAUAUGUAUUAUCCCAUAUUCACACUUGCCAACAAAUAUUUUAUAUUUCAUGAGUAUUAUCCAGUGAAUUUUCUUUAUCGUCAGUAUAUAUGGUGACUGGUAUUGUCAACAUAGCUCGAUAAAAUUAGCUAGUUAGAAUCCGUGCUUCCUUUUCUUCAGUGAAUGAUAUACUAUAGUAUAGUACUUUAUUGGAUUGGAACUUUGCAUUCACCAACAGUAACACCAAAAUGAAAAUACGGUCAUUGUUUCCAUUGGUUAUUAUAUACGAAAAUUCAUUUUCUGAAUUUGCAGUAUCAGACAAAACUCACCACUUAACUCGUGUAUAGUAGACAACGAAACAGGCUUCAUGGCAAUUUUUCAUGUUAUAUCAUGUGAUUUGAAUCAUGAAAUAGGGCCUUGAUUCAACCGAUUUCUAUCCGUCCUCUAAGAAAUUUAAGUUGCAGCUAUUUCGCCUCAUUAAGACAUCCAUACAGUCAGUGCACUCGUAAAUAAAUCUGUAUAUCUAGGAUUUAUUACUUUGGCACUCAUGCUCGAAAAUGCUUACAAAAUCUUUUUGGAGCAUCAUUUUUCUUCUAGAGCAUUAGGAAUGUUUUUUCUUCACGAAGUUUUGCAUUCAGAAUGUUUUGAAUUUUGUUCUAUUUGUUUGAUUUUACUGUUCAUGAGGGUGCCUGUGAGCUCGUGAUCAGAAACUCCAUGUCUCUUUUGGUGUUCUUUUGAGUUGGUUAUCUUCAUGCUUGUGAUAGCAGUAGAGUACAACAUUUUCAAGUUCACCAUUUAGUAACUAGUAGUAAUAACUUGUGUUAUAUGAGCUAGAACGUGCUUAUGCAGAGGGAUUUACCUUUGUUUAUUUUUGCAGGGGUUGUAUGCGUGAGGGGCUUUGACAGGAGACAGAGGGCACCAAGACCGCUUAAUGCAGGGUUACAUUUACCUGCAACAAAGGUUACAAGAGAUAAAAGGCGUGCAGCAGCCAAAGAGGAGGAAUAAGCCAUUGAGAUAGAGGAAAAGAAAGCAUACAUGCAAGAUUCAAACCUAAAUAAUCAUAGUAUUGCUUUUAGUUUUCUUUUCUUCCGCUGCGUUCACUAAAUCCGUUGAUAUUUUGUGUUUCUCAUGCCAUGUGAGUCCAACAUACCUUUGUCCGUCAGCCUUUUUCUGGUCAUUGUCCUCUCUAUAGGAUUUCUGUGGCCUCUCUUUGCAUUGUUGAUCUAAGCCCAUUCUCUUGCCGCCGAGCUUCUUUCGCCGUCGACUUUCAUGGGCCAUGAUUCUUUAAGCAAUGCUUCUUCUCUUGAUGUGCCAUCUUCUUUUGAUAACCCAUCUUCUCUUGAUAUUUCUAUUGUAUCUUCUAUUGAUGCGUUGUCUUCCUCUGAUGUGCCAUCAAAUCGUUAUCCCCUUUGGCGACUCGACAGGUUUUGAAGACUCUUCAUGCUACGACGACACUCUCAAGACGCGGAUUUGGAUUAUCAUUUUUUUUAGUAUUACGCUUCUUCUAAUGUAAUGCUAUUGCAUAGGCAUUUGAGUGGGGGGUGUUAAGGAGUAUUAGUAUUGGUCUAUGAGUCCUUAUUAGUCUAUGUUUAGUUUCCUUGCACCUCAAGUCAUGUGUAAUAUAUAUAAGCCCCUUGGGCCUUCAAUAAAGAUAAGUUGCUUAACAUGGUAUCGGAGCUAAGGUCUUGAGUUCAAAUCCUGACUUUCGCAAUUUAUUAAAAAUUGCUGCUAGCCCCCCUUUGUGUCCACAUAGAGGCCUCUUGAGAGUUUCGCGCGCCGUCGCUCUCUUCCGGUUGCACGUGUUGACUUGUCUUCCCCGUCACACGUGAUAGGGGGUGUUACAGUAUAUAUGGAUUGCACUAGCCCUUUCCAUCAGUUUGGACUUUUGGUUGCGUUGGCUAGUGCAUGAAGCUUAACAGUAGAAACCCCUGGCCUCUGCAUCAGUACGACGCACCCUAUAGCAGUCUUAUUUCCCAAAUAAACUCUUACCAUUUGGAGCAUAUGUUUUCGUAUCACAUACUUUGAAAGAGUACAUCUACUUUUCCUAACGUGGUUAGUGUAUAUGUAUUAUCCCAUAUUCACACUUGCCAACAAAUAUUUUAUAUUUCAUGAGUAUUAUCCAGUGAAUUUUCUUUAUCGUCAGUAUAUAUGGUGACUGGUAUUGUCAACAUAGCUCGAUAAAAUUAGCUAGUUAGAAUCCGUGCUUCCUUUUCUUCAGUGAAUGAUAUACUAUAGUAUAGUACUUUAUUGGAUUGGAACUUUGCAUUCACCAACAGUAACACCAAAAUGAAAAUACGGUCAUUGUUUCCAUUGGUUAUUAUAUACGAAAAUUCAUUUUCUGAAUUUGCAGUAUCAGACAAAACUCACCACUUAACUCGUGUAUAGUAGACAACGAAACAGGCUUCAUGGCAAUUUUUCAUGUUAUAUCAUGUGAUUUGAAUCAUGAAAUAGGGCCUUGAUUCAACCGAUUUCUAUCCGUCCUCUAAGAAAUUUAAGUUGCAGCUAUUUCGCCUCAUUAAGACAUCCAUACAGUCAGUGCACUCGUAAAUAAAUCUGUAUAUCUAGGAUUUAUUACUUUGGCACUCAUGCUCGAAAAUGCUUACAAAAUCUUUUUGGAGCAUCAUUUUUCUUCUAGAGCAUUAGGAAUGUUUUUUCUUCACGAAGUUUUGCAUUCAGAAUGUUUUGAAUUUUGUUCUAUUUGUUUGAUUUUACUGUUCAUGAGGGUGCCUGUGAGCUCGUGAUCAGAAACUCCAUGUCUCUUUUGGUGUUCUUUUGAGUUGGUUAUCUUCAUGCUUGUGAUAGCAGUAGAGUACAACAUUUUCAAGUUCACCAUUUAGUAACUAGUAGUAAUAACUUGUGUUAUAUGAGCUAGAACGUGCUUAUGCAGAGGGAUUUACCUUUGUUUAUUUUUGCAGGGGUUGUAUGCGUGAGGGGCUUUGACAGGAGACAGAGGGCACCAAGACCGCUUAAUGCAGGGUUACAUUUACCUGCAACAAAGGUUACAAGAGAUAAAAGGCGUGCAGCAGCCAAAGAGGAGGAAUAAGCCAUUGAGAUAGAGGAAAAGAAAGCAUACAUGCAAGAUUCAAACCUAAAUAAUCAUAGUAUUGCUUUUAGUUUUCUUUUCUUCCGCUGCGUUCACUAAAUCCGUUGAUAUUUUGUGUUUCUCAUGCCAUGUGAGUCCAACAUACCUUUGUCCGUCAGCCUUUUUCUGGUCAUUGUCCUCUCUAUAGGAUUUCUGUGGCCUCUCUUUGCAUUGUUGAUCUAAGCCCAUUCUCUUGCCGCCGAGCUUCUUUCGCCGUCGACUUUCAUGGGCCAUGAUUCUUUAAGCAAUGCUUCUUCUCUUGAUGUGCCAUCUUCUUUUGAUAACCCAUCUUCUCUUGAUAUUUCUAUUGUAUCUUCUAUUGAUGCGUUGUCUUCCUCUGAUGUGCCAUCAAAUCGUUAUCCCCUUUGGCGACUCGACAGGUUUUGAAGACUCUUCAUGCUACGACGACACUCUCAAGACGCGGAUUUGGAUUAUCAUUUUUUUUAGUAUUACGCUUCUUCUAAUGUAAUGCUAUUGCAUAGGCAUUUGAGUGGGGGGUGUUAAGGAGUAUUAGUAUUGGUCUAUGAGUCCUUAUUAGUCUAUGUUUAGUUUCCUUGCACCUCAAGUCAUGUGUAAUAUAUAUAAGCCCCUUGGGCCUUCAAUAAAGAUAAGUUGCUUAACA